AGCGACUUUUCUGUCUGCUUUCGAUCCCCAACGUCACCUGUUUUUCCGUUGUGCGCGUGCAUGCUCGCCGCAGGUGUCUAGUGAUACUCGCCGCUUUCUCUCCCCACAGCACACACGUCUUUUCAGCACGUCACCUCCGCCUCCUCCUCUCUCUUUUCCGCUCCUCGCUCAUCUGCGGGUUCAAUUGAGGAAGGUGCACGUCCGCCAUGUCCUACGCCAAGUCCGUCGCCGUGAGCGUCCGCACCGCUGAGUGCCGGCGCCUGCAGCAGGAGCACCCCAACGAGAUUCCGGUUGUGAUGGAGGGCCCCAACGGUCGCGUGCACUUCCUCACCGUACCCCACGAUGCCACGGCGGCCACGCUGGAGGUGGCGGUGCGCAGCGCAGCGGCGAUCACCGGCAAGAAGCUCGGCAUCGUUGUCCGCGGCUGCUCCCCCGCACCCUCCACCGCCAUGGCGGACCUCUACGACGCCUGCCGGUGCGAGGACGGCUUCCUCUACGUGGCGUUCCGUGGUGAGGGUGCCAUGGGUGCGCGCAACAUCUACUGCGUGGGCAACACCGGUAGAUACCUGGAGGACAUCGAGAACAACCCGGAUCUCUUCGGCUCCUACACGGCGUGA